AUGAGUCACUCCGUUCCUGACCUCGAUGCAAUAGGCAUCAAAGCCGAGCACGACCUAGCAGACCAAUUCCGUCGCGAAGUCGCCCAACUCCUCGGACGUACCAACCUCAAUUUCCCCGGCGCACAACCUGUCAGCUUUUCUGCAAAACAUUUGGUGGAGCUCCAAAAAGAAGAUUACUAUGUUUGUGAGAAGACAGACGGCAUCCGGUGCCUGAUGUAUUUUGCGCGCGGCGAUCCCGAGUCCGAGUCACCGGAAAUUCACUACCUGAUCGAUCGCAAGAACGACUAUCGCUUCGUACCAGGCCUACACUUCCCGUUGCCAAACGAUGAUACCUUCCAAUCAUACCACGUUGAUACAUUAGUAGACGGCGAGCUGGUCAAUGACAUCUACGAGGACGGCUCCCAACAACUCAAAUACCUGGUCUUUGAUUGCCUUGUGCUUGAUGGACAGAGUCUGAUGCACCGCACACUCGACAAGCGACUCGCAUACUUCAAAGAGAAGGUCCUAAAACCAUAUAAUGCGAUGUACCGCAAAUUCCCCGAGGAAAAACAGCACCGCGCUUUCGCUGUCGAAGACAAGUCCACACAGGUCAGCUACGGCAUUGAGAUGAUGUUCCGCGAGAUCAUCCCAGCGGUGAAACAAAUUCACGGAAAUGACGGCCUCAUCUUCACAUGCCGAAGCACACCAUAUCGUAUUGGCACAGACGAGCAUAUCCUCAAGUGGAAGCCCCCGGCCGAAAAUACAAUUGAUUUCCGCGUGCGUCUCGAGUUUCCAAUUCUUGAACCAGAUACCGACGACGAAGCGGAAGGUAUCUCAGAACCUUACCCCGACUACGACGCCAUCCCAAUCUUCCACCUCUUCGCUAUGCUAAACGCGGGUGAAUACCGCCAUUUCGCCGAGAUGUAUGUCACACCCGCAGAAUGGGAGGAUUUGAAAGCCAUGCGUGUCCCGUUAGAUGAUGCUAUUGUGGAAUGCUACAAAGAUGAGAACGCCCGUUGGCGCUUCCAUCGCCUGCGUGAUGAUAAGAACGAUGCAAAUCAUAUUUCAACUGUCGAGAAGGUCUUGGAGAGUAUUGAGGACCGCGUCACAGAAGAUGAUCUUAUUCGUCUGGCGCCAGCUAUUAAAGCUGCCUGGAAAAAGCGACAAGCGGGUAUGGGUGGAGGGCCACCCAUGAAUGGAGGUGGUAUGAAGCGGAAAUUCGAAGAAUAA